AAUUCAAAACAAAUAAAAAAGGCAGAGAGACAGAAGCCAUAGCUAGAACUGAAUCAAACUCAAUCCUCAACAACAAAUCCAGGUAACCCUUCAUUUCUCUGCUCCCCAUUAAUCUCUUUACUUCCCCAGUUCAAUGAUUCGAUUAUCUUAUAAAAAACUGUCACAAUUAAGACACUACAAACCCUCACUAACUACACUAACCAAUGCUUAUUUAUAUCCAACACAAUCAUCAAGAUUCAUCACCAACUUCUCUGAUUCCAACUCCUCACGGUCUCUUACACUUUCCUACCUCCAAAAAUCAUGUGGGCUGUCCUUAGAAUCAGCAAUUACAGCUUCUAAGAAGCUACACUUAGACUCCACAGAGAACCCUGACUUGGUCCUAAAAUUGCUUCGAAACUACGGUCUGAAUCAAAUUCAUAUUAAACAUAUAAUCUCUACUCGCCCAUUGUUGCUUUUAGCUGAUAUAAACAAUACCCUUAAGUCUAAUUUGGAGGUUUUUAAGUCUUUGGGGAUUUCUGGUACGACUCUUGCUAAAGUAACAAGCAAGGAACCGAGAGUGCUCGAUGUCGAUGCUAGGGCAGUGGCCGAGUUCUUUAGAGAGAAUGGUUUUAGUGAUGAGCAGAUUGUUACUUUGACUAUGAAGCGGCCGGUUUUGUAUUUGUAUCAUGCUCAUAAGACUUUUAAGCCUAAGUUGGAUUUUUUCAAGUCUUUGGGGUUUUCGGAGUUUGAUAUUGCGCAUAUUUUGUCAUCGGAGCCUUACAUUUUAGAGCGGAGUCUUGAAAAGAAAAUUAUGCCCUGUGUUCAGGUUAUUAGGCGUGUUGUUGGGCACAAUUUAAAUGUUAUGAAAGCUAUCAAGGCUAACUAUCGGAUUCUAGAAUCUAAUGUGGAAAAGGUGCUCGAGCCUAACAUGUUGUUAAUGGCAAACCAUGGGGUGCCGGACUCAUUGAUAUUGAAGAUAUUCUUGCUUCAGCCAAAAUCCUUGCUGCUGAAGACUGAGCAACUUAGUGAGAUAAUUGUUGAAGUUAAAAGAAUGGGGUUUGAUCCAACGAAUUUGCUCUUUGUAUUAGCUAUUCGUAGCAUGGCAGUAAUGAACAAAGCACUUUGGGAGCUUAAGUUGGAGGCCUACAGAAGUUUUGGUUUGUCAAAUGAUGAGAUUCUUACUGCAUUUAAGAUGCAACCCAUGUGUAUGACUACCUCAGUUAAGAAAAUAAGUAAAGUAUUGAACUUCUUUAUGAACAAAUUAAACUUUAGUCCUUCUAAGAUAUCCAAAAAUCCAAAUCUUAUGCUUCUUAGUCUAGAGAAAAGAAUUUUACCUAGAUGUUCAGUUCUGAAUAUUUUGAUGUCCAAGGAAUUGAUAAAGGAAGAUGUUAACCUUCUCCGUAUGUUUACAAUGACGGAGGAGAUGUUCCUGAAGAAGGUACUGACUAAGUAUCAGGAUAUGGUUCCUGAAAUUGUUGAGGCCCAUCAAGGCAGGAUAGAAUUUCAAGGCUUUUCAAGAGAUCUAAAAUCUAAUUGAUUAUUGAUCCUGUUGAUUGAGUAGGAGCACCGAAGGAUUCUUAAAUUGCACAUAUCAUUUGAAGGCAAUGGACAUGACUAUCAGGCAUCGGAUCUGAUAUCAGUAUAGAUGGCGUCAAUAUUUUAAAGGUUUAGUGAUGCUCGGGCACAAGAGGGCAUGCAUGAAUUAUGGAUGCAGAGUGCCAAAUCAUUGUCAUGAGGGUCCUGCCAAAUCAUCAAUUUUGACAUUUGAUCUCAAUAUUAGGUUUUCUAUAUUAACUUUAUGUUAAAUUUAAAAAGAUAAUGCUACUGGUAUGCUUUCAUAAUGUGAAUCUGAUUCUAUUGCAUGAGUCAUUUUGACAAGGACAUGCCAUGAUAAGCAAUGAAUUUGUAGGCCCUUCUAUAUACUAUGCCAAAAGGAAAGGGCAAUGAUCUCUGGAAUUCCUUUUCUUUAA